UUGGAAAAUGAUAUUUGCUCAGGAAAUACAUUGUACAGUGUAUAGCUACAAGUGUUUUGAUUGGUACGUGUUUUAUUGCUUGGCUACAACUCAUUUAUCUUGUUCUUGUCCGUAAAUUCAUCUUCAACGAGGCUUUUGUUUUGAAAGUUAUGUCUGUCUAAGCAGGUGUUUUAAAAACACGGAGGGAAAUCUUUACCGACGCCAUGUAAAUGUCAGCGUCUCUAAUGUGUCUUCGUUUCGAUUACGUUAUUUUACUAAAGUCAUUUGAUAAACGCUACUGAACUGUGGGCUUGACGGGAUGCAAAAAUCAGAAUCGGACAAGGUUGAAAAGUCUGAACCGUCGCUGGUUUUCUUUGACUUGGAGACAACUGGACUGGGUCAGAGUUGUGAGAUUGUCCAGCUGGCUGCAGUGAGUGGAGGCCACUCACUCAACCUCUAUGUCAUCCCUGGGUGUCGAAUGCAGCGAGGAGCAGCCAAAGUGACUGGCUUCAGGGUCCGUAGACAGAGACUGUACCUCCAUCGCCAACUUGUCCUCACCAACUCCCUGCGAGAGGUCCUGGUCUCCUUCAUAGCUUUCCUUAAAAUGCUCAGACGCCCGCUUGUCAUUGGCCACAACAUUCGCCGCUUCGACUGCCCACUGUUGGCUCGAGCUCUUGAUGAAGUGGACCUACGUGCAGAGUUUGAGUCAUCAGUCUUAGGCUGUGUUGACACUCUACCACUGGCUCGGGAGAUGCUAAAGGACCGCUGCCUCCAGAGUUUUCGACAGGAGAACUUGGUAAGGGAGCUGCUGGGUGUGAACUACAAGGCCCAUGAUGCUUUGGAGGAUGUGCGGGCAUUACAGGCACUGUAUGGUGUGCUUCAGCCCACACCAGAGUUGAUCUGUAGGCAUAGGUUUACUCUGGACACCAUGGAAAACAAACCAGCUGUGACAGCUGCUAAAUCUAAAGUGCACUGUAAGAAACCAGAACAGCGCCCCCUGUGGGAGCACUUCAGACAGACAGCAAAGGUCUCUGAUCGCAAAGCAGCGGACCAAAAUGGACAACUUAAUGAAUUAUAAAUCUUUUGACAUAAAGAAAUGAGAUCAAAACACAGAAGACUGGCAGCAUUCAUCAGCCUGUAUAAGGUGAAUUUUGUGUUUUGUGUGCCAUAAGGUAGAAUAUUUAGAGGGUUGUUCUUCUUCCAGUGCAAACAGAGCUGUGAGAGUUUCCUCUAAUGGUUGAUGGUGGUACAAAUUAAAAAAUCUGACUGGAGAAAAUCGCUUCAAACAUCCUCCUCAGUGAAGCAAAACAAUAAACUGCAGUGCAAAUGGAUUAUUCUAGCAAGUUUGUUGACUGGCUUUUGAAAGGUGAAGAUACGAAGACAAUGCACACACAUCUGGAAGUCACACAGUACGACUUCAGCCACUGCCGAAUCCUAAUGGGGCCUUUGCUUCUUCUAGACUUCCUUAAUUUGCUUUAUGAAUCUUGAGUUUCAAAUCUAAAAGCUUCAGUCUUACCAUUGUUGUUAUUAUCCUCAAAAUAUGCUUUAUCGCACAAUCCUGACCAGAUGGGAGACAUGAGUGUCUAUUGUAGCUGUAGUAACACUUUAGUCAUACAUUUGUAGGAAUCUUAAGAUGGCUGUUGAAAUCUGCAUGCUGCUUACUACUACUUCACCAUUUAUUUUAGAAACAAGAAACAGGCAAACAGCCAUGAUUCAAACGUCUCUUUAUAUGAUUUAUAAAUGGUGAAAAUGUCUAAUGGUGGGCAGAUUUUUAAAUAUGUCCCAUAUCACUGUGUAAAAACGGUGAUGACUGUUGGAAACCUGCCUUAUGUAUACAGUUUGGUUAUUAAGAAAAUCUUAUGUACUUCUAUUCUGAAUUCUUUAAGGUACAGAAUAUUUUUAGAGGUAAAUAAAUCUGCUAAUAAAUAUAUUGUAUUUGUA